AUGGCUGGUACUUCUUCACUGAAGGGAAACUUCAAUUCUACAUCAGAUAUACAGAUACCUCUUUUCAAUUUAUCCCAACUUCAUCAAAAAAUGGACUCACUUCAACAAUUUAUUGCAGAAUCAAUUGAUCGUAAUUCUUUACUUGGAAAAGAUGAAAUGGAUAUGAUCUCAAAUGAAAUUACAUCAGCGAUCCAUCAAAUUAUCGUUAAUGGAUCUGCUUUAAUCUCAUCCACACAAUCUCAAACCCUGGAUGGUAAAUCUCCAAUCGUUCCUGAUAAUUUUAUUGAUCAGCAAAUAUUUAAUUUGAGUUCAGAGAAAUUAUUUGAAGUGAAAAAAGAUUUUACAAUUGAUGAACAUAUCGAUGAUGAUGAAAAUUGUGAAAUCGUAGAACUUGAUGAAGUAGAAUUACUGGGAGAACAUGUACACUUCUGUGAAAUUUGUGGGAAAGGGUUUAAAAGAGAUGCAAAUCUUAGAAUGCAUAUGAGAGCUCAUGGGAAUCAAUUCAAAACACUAGAAGCAUUAACAAAACAACCAGAUAAAAUUAUUAUUGAGUCAUCAGAUUUAAGAAAAAAAGUAAGGUUUUCAUGUCCAUUUGUUGGUUGUAGUAGAAAUAAAUUGCACAAGAAAUUUAGACCAUUGAAAUCAGCUGUUUGUGUCAAGAAUCAUUUUAGAAGAAGUCAUUGA